CUAAACAGGCUAACAGCUUGGCAAUCAAAGCUGUGCUGUCGUACGCAACACACACACUUCGCGAAUUCCCCAAUCCGACCGCAUCAAAAGCAACAGCGCUCGAGACAAGAUGAAGGCAUCUCUGGCCAUUCUGUUGGUGUGCAUGUUUGCCGGCCUGGCGGCCGCCAGACCCGAGCAGAAGUACACGAACAAGUUCGACAAUGUGAACGUGGACGAGGUGCUGGGCAACAAUCGCAUAUUGAACAACUAUAUCAAGUGCCUGAUGGAUAAGGGGCCGUGCACACCGGAGGGACGCGAACUGAAGAAACUGCUGCCCGAUGCCCUCGAAUCGGAGUGCUCCAAGUGCACCGAGGUGCAGCGUCGCAAUUCCAACAAGGUGAUCAAUUUCCUGCGCGUCAACAAGCCAGGCGAGUGGAAGCUGCUCCUGGACAAGUACGACUCGAAGGGCAUCUACAGGUCCAAGUACGAGAAGCACGUUAAGCAUUAAAAUUAACAAAAAUACAUA